AGCGCAGCUUGAAAAGGAGAGCAUGUGAUGCGAAGGAUCUGUCUUAAGCCCACUAUGCCUUUAUGGUUUUAUAUACUAUAUGUUGAGCCUCGAAAGCUGAUAUGGGGUCGGAGUUUCCACAGCAUGUCGCUCGCUCGCUCAAUGUGUGGGUUUGACUCACUAACUGUCAUCUUUUAUUAUUGGUUUUUUUUCCCAAUUUCAGGCGGGUGGGCCUUGGACAGAUGUUGGCUAGCUAUGACUAAAGUUCACAUAGCAAAGUAUUAUAAGAAUGGGUUGCUAAUUGUACGUUGGCGAAAAUACGUCAUCCUGCAAUUUAAAAAAUCAAAAACAAAUCCAAUUUGAUGAUCAUGGUAAGAGUAUAACACGUUAUAAUUUUGAAAGCGGCACAAACGGCCCUUGAUCCGCGUUCUUGCGUGUGCAAGAUAGUUGAAAUUUUAUUUCAGUUGUAAAGUUUUAUAGAAUUAUUUUGAUGGUUCCAUUGGUUUACGACAAGUCCUGUUGUGUUUAGGUCUAAUUAUUAGUUUCAUCUGGCCUCUUAGACCACACCAGCCAAUCAGUGUCUCCUCCAGAGGAUUAAUUCAGUAUAUUAAAUUCUCCACAGCGUAAUUGAAUUUAAAAAAAAAUUGUGCCUUUAUGUGGCACCAAAAAUAUUUGUAAUAAGCACAGUACUGUUGUUAAUUAUGACAUGUUUUCUUUUUUUACUGUUUCUUUUGGUCAUAGAAAUAUAAAAUAAUUCCUGAUGCUGGCUUUAAGCUCUUAAAACAUGUAUAACACCAUCAGACUUUUUGGGAGGAAAUGUUUGUGCCUUUCGUGUGUAUGUGUGUGUCUCUGUACUAUCGCUUUGAAAUGCUAAUGUUCCUUUAGUUGACAUUCACAAGAAACACACACGCUGAGGAUAUGAAAGAAUUCGCAGUCCAAAAUCGUGGGGUAGAUGUGACGGGGGUAAGCCAAAAAAAAAAAAGAAAAGAUGAUCAAUAAUCAAUUGAUAGGAGACCUGAACAGCGGAAAGUUGAACUCUUCUGAAGUUGCACGAUCCAGAAACUAGUUGAAAGUCUGCGCGUGACUUUACAGAGGAUCAACUUGUGAGUUUUGAUUUUUUUUGGGCUUUUUUUGCGACACAUAUUUAAAAAAAAAAAAAAAUCAAUAAUGACAAUUGGGAUAUAUAAACUUGAGUGUGAAGCGUGUUUGGCAUUUCACAUUCCCUAUUCCCUAAGUCAAGACCAAUUAUAUAUCAAGAGUGCUUUACUUAGUCUUACACUUAUGUGAUCAUCCAGCAAAUAUUUUUUGUAAUCUAUUAUGUCCACUGAAUUGGCCCCCCUCCCUCUAUGAUUUGAGUUGCUGUGUUUGUUCAAUUGUCCUUUGAUAAAGAGCCAAAGGCAGGCUCACUUUUCUCUAAGCGAGGCAAACGAUAGUUUGUUUCAUUGCACGUAUCGUUGCAAGAGACUUGAUCCAACUUCACCCAUCGCGUUGAUUGCUGCACCCUGCAAGCAAGUAUGGCGCUGUCGCAACAGAUGAAAUGUGGCCUUUCAGGUUGAUGUCACACUUGAUGCAUUUCAUCCACUUUCACUUUGAUGGCUUCUCAUCAUUUGCCUGCUGUUGUCUGGCAGCAGCUCAAAGCAGCGGAGUUGACAGAAGGUAAUCCCCGCCAUGUGAGGCCUCGGCCGCGCUGCGCAUGCAGGAGGCGGGGUGUGCGUCAUUGAGACCUGUAGCUGCUAUAAAAAGAGGGGAAGUUGCAAGUCACCCAACUUGAAGGAGCGCACAAUAUUAGGGGGGUUGGCGGGAGGGGGGUGGGCGAACGAACGCACGCACGCACGAUGAACACCAUGAAGGCCAUCAAGAACGUGCUGGUGUGCCUGGUGCUUCUGCCUCGCUUCCUGAUGGCCGCGCUCAUGUUCUGGCUCCUCGACUUUCUUUGCAUCCGGAGGAGGUUUUUCCUCCGGAUGAAGGAGCGGGAGGAGAGCGACGCGAUGGACCCUCCUCUGUGCAUCGCUGACUCCAACUGCUUCUUCACGCUGGACUCCCUCAAGGCGGUGUGGCACGGACACAAACUGGACCUCCUCAAGGCGGCGCACCUUGGGCGCGGCGCGCCCAACACGGAGGUGGUGCGGCUGGAGGACGAGCAGUGCGGGCGCAUCCUGGACUUCGCCCGCGAAAGGAGACCGCUUAUCCUCAACUUCGGGAGCUGCACUUGACCCCCCUUCAUGGCGCGUCUCAAGGCGUUCCAGGGACUGGUGCUGGACCACGCCGACAUCGCCGACUCGGUGCUGGUGUACAUUGAGGAGGCGCACCCCUCGGACGGCUGGGUGAGCACCGACGCGCCCUAUCAGAUCCCCAAGCACCGCUGUCUGGAGGACCGGCUUCGCGCGGCGCAGCUCAUGCGCUCCGAGGCGCCCGGCUGCCCGGUGGUGGUCGACGGCAUGGAGAACCCCUGCAACACCGCCUACGGCGCCUACUUCGAUAGACUUUACAUCCUGCAGGAGGGCAAGAUCGUUUACCAGGGGGGCAGGGGACCCGAGGGCUACCGGAUUUCGGAGCUCAGAGACUGGCUGCAGCGAUACCGGGAGAGGUUGGUGCGCGGCAGCAGUCUGGUCAUUCAUGUGUAGGCGCAUGUCGAGCUGCUAGUAAAACGCUGCACAUUUUGGGUAAUACAACUCCUCUUCAAUCCUACUAGUAUAGUAUUUUGUUUGUGUCCGGUAAGGUUGGUCUGCGUUCAACUUGCGACAUGGACAAGUGCGCGUCGCUGCAUGCGCUCCUCAGUAUUUUUUGUGAAGUUCGGUUCUGAAACGGCGUCCGUCCGGAGAACCGGUACUGAUGUAUGAGAUCCCGAGGGGCUUCGAUUGCUGCACUCUUGUCCAUAUCGCUGCUCCCCCCCCCCCCCCACGUACGUAAAGACAGUGUGUACGUGCGUGUGUGUACGUGCUUUUAUGCGUAUACUUUUUCAUACAAUAAAAUGUCUUCAUCUACCUCCACAAACUGUUGCUCAUUUUUUCUUGUAAUAAUUGUCUUCCUUUUCUUGCUGACAAGUUGCUCGUUCGAAUCUUUAUCUUGCCACUUUCCACUUAUGAAUGAAUGUUUUCGAUUUUUCUGGGUAGUUUCAUACCAGAAAACCAUAGGACGAUUCCUCAAUUUCCUGCAUUUUAAGACAAAACUGGCUUCGGCAUGCUUUCCUGUGGAAAUGUUCUUUGUGUGGUUCACUUAUUGAAGUUGUUUGUUGGGGUACAGACAAUGUGGAAGAGUUCUUCUCCAUAAUAAGUGUCGUGGUUGAGGGUGUUGGGCUUGUGUAUUUUUAAAAGAGUUCUUUGGCAAAUAUGUCAGCAAUCUGUGACAGACUGAUCAAAGUAGUACUAAAAUGUUUAAACAAAUGCACAUUUAUGAAUUAAAGUAUCUUAAUUAUUAUUUUUCAUCAGUAUUAUUUUAAUUAUAAAUAAAUAACCAAAGUAUUCCAAGAUAAAUAUUUGUAUUUUCAUUAAAGAUGUGUUUUAAGAUACAAAUACAUGAUUUGAAGAUACAUUACAUACAUUAUAUUUUUUCAAAUAGUCACAUUCAAAAUAAAAUGUUUUUUAAAUAAAGACAAAGUGACUGCUGUAACUGUUGCUGUUUUAAUCGAUACAUAUUGUAUUUUACAUAAGUCUUCUGAAAUAAAUACUUGUAUUUUCAAAAUAAAGACUUGUUUUGAAAGAAACUGUUUGAAAUAAACAUUUUGACAAAUACAUAUUUUCAACAAAUUUUCUGAAAUGCUUUUAAAGAAAUACGUUGCUUUUUAAAGUGGAUAUUUUGAAAUCAAUUCAUGAAAAUAAAUCAACAUUUUGAAGCAUAAAACGUAUUCAUAAUUCUAAUAACUAAAUAUUCUAUUUUGAUUAGAUUAUUGUUAAACAAUACUUUACUUUCCACUUAUGAAAAUCAAUACAUUUUCAGAGGGAGGCUUUUUCACGCCAGUUCUGUUCCUAAUGUUUUGACCCUCUCAAAAUAAGUUAAAUAAGCAGCCCAGCAUACCAGAAACAGCAUGAGGCAGUGGAGCUCUGCACCGCUGCAAACCACAAUUAAGAACACAUGCACGACUAUACCGCAAAAGUGAGCAUUAUUAUCUUUAUUAAGGCUUCACCUCUGUAUUGCACUGUGCAGGAGUACCUCAUGAAGAUUUUCCCGCCAGUUGUAUAUCUGCAGCGAGCAAGCCGCACUCUCCACCGCCACCUUCUCCUAAGCUGUUGUACCAUUUACAACUGAAUCAGGAUAAUCACACAUGAUCCUAUUAUUAGAGACACUUCGGAUCAGCCGGGCCAGGUGGUCCAAGACCUGCCUCAGAUGGCCAACCUUGUGUACAAUAUGUACAUGCACAUGAUGCAGACCAAGUACAGACAGCAACAGCAACUCGCCUAGCCUCCGUUGCAAGCCGAGUCAGCAGGGAGCUCGCCUCCUGGCCCCAAGGAAGAGCAAGAGAUGGUGGCCGUGAUCCCAGAGCAGAGCACCAUGGAGACGGAGAGCCAAGACGGAAGCGAGAAGGUGGUGAAGUCUAAGGGAGAAGCCAGCGAGCGGGAAGCAACGCAGGAAGCAGCCAAGAUGCCCGAGCAUCCUGGACAGGACGGCGACAGCGAUGAAGAGAAUAAGGAGCACCUAAAGAGACAAGAGCAAAAACAGAACACUUAGUUGGGACUAAUUGAGAGGCCUGAGUGUAUGGCUAUUUACUUCCUUGAUUAAACAUGUCAUGCUUGUUAUUGAUUUUUUUUGUGUCAUUUUUCAAUAAAAAUAUAUACAAAGUU